AUGCAGCCGUAUGACUAUAACCGAGGGGGAAACAACUACAACAGCAACAGCAACAACAACAGUGGCGGUGGCAAUGCAGGGAAUUACGGCAACAACCCGGGCAACGUAAACAAGCCCAUGAAUAGCCCCUUCUUUUACAACAAUAACAGCGGUGGAAAUGCAGACAUGGCAAACAGCGGUGGUGGAAACAUGAAGGGGAACGAAGGGGCCUACCCCCCAAAUUACUACCACCCACCGCAAGCCAUGCAACCAGGAAUGUACGGAAUGAAUAAGGGCAAUAUGGGCGGUCCACCUCUAAGUGAUAAUAUGUACGGAGAUGGAAGCAACCCUAAUGCGUAUUUAAAUAAUCAGGCCCAGUACAGGGGGGUGGCAAGUCAGUUCGUGCCGGUAAUGAACAAUAACAACGCGUUAAAGCCAGGAGGGAAUGUACUAGGGUAUGACAGCACAGGAGGUGGCCAUGUAAAUAGCGUCCAACCGAUAAUCAACGAUUCGUACCAGGAAUUUUUACAAUUUAAUGCCUUUUCCCAUUUUGUUAAAAGCUCGGUAAGUUACAUGCCAGCCAAUACGACUCUAAAGCAGAAGGCGUAUGUACCGUUAGGGUUUAUAAUACAACCAUUAGCCCCCAUUCCAGAUGGGUACCCAGAGUUAGCGUCUGUCAAUUUUGGAAACUCCACAGUUGUAAGAUGUAAAAAAUGCAGGACGUAUAUUAACCCCUUUGUGAGAUUCGAAGCAGGAGGGAAGAAGUGGAACUGCAACAUGUGUUACCAUGUGAAUGACACUCCUCAGUUUUAUUUUACUCCUCUGGAUGAGAAAGGAAAAAGGAAGGACCUUUUCCAGAGGCCAGAAUUAUGCACAGGCAGUGUGGAAUUCAUAGCGCCAAGUGAUUACAUGAUAAGACCUCCCCAGCCCCCCGUUUAUUUGUUCCUCAUCGAUGUGACGGUGACGGCGGUUAACUCGGGUCUACUCGAUGUGGUGUGCAGCACAAUUAAGAAGUUGCUCCCGAAGAAUAGCCCCGCAAGCGGCAAUGACGGUAGCGGUGGCGAUGUGAGUGGCAAAAAACCGUUCGACUCGAGAACGCUAAUAGGAAUCAUGACGUUCGAUUCUACGGUGCACUUUUACAACCUGAACUCUAAUUUGAAGCAAACGCAAAUGAUGGUGGUGCCAGACAUACAGGACAUCUUCAUCCCCUUGCCGGAGGACAUUCUGGUAAAUGUGCAUGAGUGUCAAAAUGUGAUUGACGUUUUGUUAGACAAUUUACCAACCAUGUGGAGGAACAACAAGAUGACCGAUUGUUGUGCAGGCAAUGCGUUAAAAGCAGCCAUUAUGGUGUUAAAAAAAGUGGGGGGGAAACUUGUAUUUUUCCUCUCCUCUCCACCGAAUAUUGGCGAUUUGACAGUUAGUGUUAAUAGGGAGACAAAGGAGAAGAGCAGCAGCUACAAAAAUAUUUACAGUUCAGGUAGUUCCAACAAUAACGUGGUGGAUUCGAAGGUAAAAGAAAUAGAGAUGUUAACUCCGUUUAAUAAUUUGUACACAGAAUUGGCUCAAAGCAUUACGCAGUAUCAGAUAGCCGUUGAUUUAUUUGCCUGCCCUUUGUAUAACCUAGAUUUAGCAACCAUCUACCCGUUAGUAAAGAACUCAGGAGGGUCCCUUUAUUACUACCCCCAGUUUAACGUACACCAGUAUAGCGACAAGCUGAGGGAGGAGCUCCUAUUCGCCUUGACCACAGAAACUGCAUGGGAAUCAGUCAUGCGUAUAAGGAUAAGCAGAGGAUGGAAAAUCACCAACUGGUAUGGGAACUUCCAAUUUAGGGGAGUAGAUUUAUUAGCCCUACCCAAUUGUCACUCCAGUCAAAAUUUUAGCAUCAUUGUAGAUUUGGAAGAAAACGUCGUACAGGAUUCGGUGGUCUAUGUGCAGUCUGCUUUGCUAUAUACAAAUUCGAAUGGGGAAAGGAGAAUAAGGCUACAUACGUAUGCCUUGCCUGUUACGCAGAAUAUCAAGACUAUUACAGAUUCGAUUAACCCGCAGGUGGUUGUGUCUUUACUUUCCCAUCAAGCUAUUGACAUUUGCAAGAAAGGCAAAAUUGCAGAUGGAAGGAACUUAAUUCAGACCCUUUGCUCACAGGUGCUAUCCUCUCAGUUGCUCCUUUCCGAAACGGCUAGGUUGCUGUCCAUCUACAUUUUAGGCAUGCUCAAGUCGGUUGCAUUUCGCGACAGUGGGGAUGUGCCGCCCGAUCUGCGAAUCUAUCACUGGUCCAGGGUGCAGAACAUCCCGGUCGAGUCCGUGGAGGCCUACUUCUACCCCCGGAUGUUCUGUUUGCACAAUUUGGAGAAGCACCACGGGAGUUACGACGAGAAUAACGCCAUGAUGUUUCCAGACACCAUGAGUUUGACGUGCGAGAAUAUGACGCAGGACGGCUGCUACAUCGUUGAGGACGGGGAGAACAUCAUCAUGUGGAUUGGCCGAAGCAUCAACCCGCAGUGGGUCUACGCAGUCUUCGGAGUGCAGUCCCUGGAGCAGUUAAACUCGGAAUACGCGGAGAACCAUUUAGGCACCAGCGGAAACCCCAGCGGCAUGCAAAUCCUGAACAUAAUUAACGCCCUGAGGAAGAUACGAACUCCUUCCUACAUGAGGCUGUUAGUUGUCAAGCAAGGAGACCCCCUGGAGUAUAAAUUCUUCGCGUGCCUAAUUGAGGACCGGUCCCAACACAUGAUGAUGUCUUUAAAAGAAUUUUUAGCAAAAAUUUGUAAGUAG